AUGAAGAGCGCGCCGCGCCCCGCGUGCGCCAGCCUCGGACUCCCCGUCCUGCUUCGCACGGCCCGUGCUAGCGGGCCCGAGCACCUCCUCGGCGUCCGAUCCUUGCACUGGAGCGCGGCUCUAUGCGAAGCACCCAAAGACAAGCCGAAAGACGCUGAUCCUGCUCAUGGCAGUAAGGACGAGGACACAAAGCCGCCUGCUAAGGACGCGCCUCACGAGCCAGAAAAGCAGGACAUGUUUCUGCAAAAGCAGUCGUCUGCGCAUGACCUUGUCGAGACGCCCUCCAAGAGUCUCUUUCAAAACUAUCCCCGAUCUCUUCGGGACCUGGCGCUCAAGGCUCGCAGCUUUGCGCGUGCACGAGCCGAGGACGUGUCCGCCGUCACGAGCGGUACGUCGCGCGGAUCGGGCGCUGCACGCAACAAGCCGACGCAGGAGGACCUGCUGCGUAUCGCGCGUGGAUUCUGGACGCGUAUGCGUAUUAGGUUUAAGUGGUUUACCAUCCGCGGUUUCCGCCGCUUCAACGUCGACGAGAUCAGUGCCUUUUUCACGCUCGGUGGACUGGGCACCGCGAUCUGGGUGAUUGUGGGAACAACAACGUUUGUCUCCGUUAUCUUUGCAGCGCUGAACCUGCUUAAUCUGCAAGAAUACAUGGCUCUCAAGCUGGCCAACUAUAUCUCGUCGCAGACUGGAUUUACCGUCGUGUGCGGCAGUGCGAUUGUGCCCAAGUGGAAGGAAGGGCGCAUUAGCUUCAAGGAUGUGGUGAUUACGCGCCGUGCGGAGCCGAUCGCUCCGGAAAAGCUGCAGCACGAGCGCCAGGCGCUUGACACAGAGGCAGCGCCUCUGCGCCCCUCGUCCCCGUCCGAGCAUGUGCCCUUGUGGGAGGGUAUUCCUGCGUUUGACACCGGAAGCGAGGUGGUGUCGCCCAUGAGCAACGAGGAGCUCGCAACACAAGCGCAGGAAAAGCGGCACGACAAAAACUUUUCCAUGUUUGAGCUGCGGAUCGACUCUGUCGACGUGCAGCUGAGUCUCUCGCGCUGGCUCGACGGCCAUGGCAUCAUCCACAAGGCCGAGCUACGUGGCGUACGCGGUAUCAUUGACCGCCGCAACGUGUUUUGGGACCCGGAUGUGCCAUACGAUCCACGCAAGGCGCGUCGCAAGGGACGCCCGAACGACUUUGACCUCGAUUCGUUCCGCGUCGAGGAUUUCCUGGUGACAGUGUACCAGCCCGGUGACUUCCGUCCGUUUAAUAUGAGUAUCUUUGAGAUGAACGUCCCUCGUCUGCGGACGCAGUGGCUCUUUUACGACCUGUUGAAUGCCGACUCGAUUACGGGCCAGGUCGACGGGUGCUUGUUCAGUCUCCACAAGCCGCAGAGUGUGCAAUACACGUCCAACCAUCUGUACGGCAAGCACCACGGCCCAUACCUCCAGAACUGGUCGCGUCUCCGUGUGGACGGUGUCAACAUUGACCAUAUCCAAAAAAUGUCGGGUCUUUCGGGCCCCUUGAUGUGGAUCUACUCGGGCCGCUUUGAUUUGGUGGCCGAUGUGAAAUUCCCACGCGAGUACGACAAGGAUGUGGACAUCAACACGGUCAUUUCCGAGAUUCUCGAGAACCUCAGUGCGACCUUUGCUCGGGAGCCCGCACAGAGGAACCAGGGCGAGGACCGUAUUCCUGGCCAGCCGACGCUGAGUGAACCGGCGAUUCUCGCCCCGGUCGCGGCCGUGGGCCCUGUCGCGGAGCGUGCGCAGCAGCAGCACGACGAGCAGGACCAGGAGCAAACGCGCGGCCCCCGCUGGCGCGGCCGCCGCAGCUCUCCCACGCAGCGGCAGAAAUCACCGCUUUCCCUCUCACUGGAAGAAGGCCAAGAGGCGCAAAUGAUCCCUCCCUCGGUCGUGAUCGAGCUGGAUGUGCGGCUAAAAGACAUCAAAGCGUCGAUGCCCAUCUUCACACGCGAGCUGAGCUACUCGUCCUACGCGCUUGCGCGCCCCGUCGUGGCGUUUAUGAACGCACACAAGACACUCAUUCCUGUGCACUGCAGGAUUGUAAUGGAUCUGAGCGAAUUCGAUGGGUCGAUGGACCUCUCGCAGACCGGUCUCUUGCCGCUUGUCUCGAGCAAGAUUUACGAGGCGCUGGCGAACCACGUCGCGUCGCAACAGGCGAAUACACAGCGCGUGCGCAACGUAAGUCUCUGGUCACUCGACCUGGCGGCCCAAGGCAUGCUCCGUCUCGCGCGCAACCUGCGCAAUACCAUGGGGCGAGUCAUGCCUACACCUGAAUUGCCUACAUAG